GUCAAAAGAAAAAAUAUGUUGGUACCCAAAACAAUUGAAUCAGUUUUGCUGUCGUUUUUGAGUUGGACUUGGACUGAAUUUAAAAUAAAAAUGAAGCGUCCCUCGACAUUCUGGUAUUAUUUUUGGCAAUGUCUUUAUCUCAUUCCAAUUACCAUCAGUAUUUAUUACUGUCAAACAAUAUUCAUCAACGGCCGCAAUCGUCGCUACACUGAGGAAACCAAUUUGGAUGCAGCAGGACCAAAAGAAACAAAAUGGGAAAAACUGUCGUACGAAAUGAUUUAUCUUCGCAAAGAAAUCAUCCACCUGAAGGACGAAUUGGAAGAAAUAAGAUCGUGGAAAGCCGAUAUGGAUCAGAAUUUCGAAGACAAACUUGGUGUCACUUUUGACAAGUUCUACUCAGACCAGAUUGGUAUUUUUGACUACGCCUCUGAUUACGCAGGGGGCGCAAUCAUUUCCACUCCUAAUACAAUUUCCUAUCCGUCCAAGUACGGUUUGCGCUUAUUUGGCAUGUUCGACUUAUCUGUGGACUCAGAACCCCAUCUAAUACUCCACCAUACGACGUUCCCGAGCAAGUGCUACGCGUUUUAUGGUCACCAGGGUCGCAUUCAGGUUGCGUUAGGCCGGCCCGUGGUGAUCACUCACGUGAGUUUGGAACACCUAAGACUCAGAGAAGAUUUAAGAAGUGCGCCGAAAGAUUUCGAAAUUUUGGGUGUGGAAGAAAAUCGCGAGGAGAGUUUGGGUAAUUUCGUUUACGAUUUGGACGAUUCAAUAAUUCAAACGUUCCGAGUGACUUUGAAAAAUCAAACGUUUCGAAAAGUAGAGCUGCGCAUACUCAGUAAUCAUGGAAACGAUGAGUUAACUUGUGUGUACAGAUUUAGAGUUCAUUCGUUAAAUUUGAAUUUAAAAUAGUUUGCUUUUCGUGCCCUUGAGCCCCUUCACUUGUUACGUCAUCUACAUUAUUAACUCGGGGUCUGA